AUGGCGGCGCCUACAAUCGACAACAUUGUCGAAGAACUAUUACCGGAUUUUGGCGUGAACGCUCUGAAACCGGAACAGAAGGAAAUAAUUAGCAAUAUUACAAAGAAGAAAGAUUGCAUUGCUGUCUUGCCAACUGGGUUUGGAAAGUCGUUGCCAUUCCAGGUUUACGCUGCAGCUCAGAAACGAACUAGUCGUGAGGCUGGACAUGUACUCGUAUGUUCGCCAUUGAUAGGCCUGAUGAAGGACCAGACCAAAAAGCUGUCUCGUAUCAGUUACUUAAGCGUUGGCUACAAAGGUUCUGUUGAAUCACAUGACUGA